AUGGGUCAAAGUCAGAGUGGUGGUGAUGGUCCUGGAGGUGGCAAGAAGGAUGACAAGGACAAGAAAAAGAAAUAUGAACCUCCUGUACCAACUCGAGUUGGGGAAAAGAAGAAGAAAACAAAGGGACCAGAUGCUGCCAGCAAACUGCCCCUGGUGACACCUCACACUCAGUGCCGGUUAAAAUUACUGAAGCUAGAGAGAAUUAAAGACUAUCUUCUCAUGGAGGAAGAAUUCAUUAGAAAUCAGGAGCAAAUGAAGCCCUUAGAAGAAAAGCAAGAGGAGGAAAGGUCGAAGGUGGAUGACCUGAGGGGGACCCCGAUGUCAGUAGGAACCCUGGAGGAGAUCAUCGACGGCAACCACGCCAUCGUGUCGACGCCGGUGGGCUCGGAGCACCACGUCAGCACCCUCUCACCAGGCCGCAUAGACAGGAAGGUCGAGCUCCCCCUGCCCGACGAGAAGACCAAGAAGCGCAUCUUCCAGAUCCACACGAGCAGGAUGACACUGGCUGACGACGUGACCCUGGAUGACCUGAUCAUGGCUAAAGAUGACCUCUCUGGCGCCGACAUCAAGGCAAUCUGCACAGAAGCUGGUCUGAUGGCCUUGAGAGAGCACAGAAUGAAAGUAACAGAUGAAGACUUCAAAAAGUCGAAGGAAAAUGUUCUUUAUAAAAAACAGGAAGGCACCCCGGAGGGGCUCUAUCUGUAG